CAAGAAACUUCAUGGAGCUUCCCUAGCAAUUGUUUGGAUUUGAAUGGUUUCCCAAGUCAAGUUAGCAAAAAGCAGUAUAAAUAUCAAACCAUUGACAGCGUUCUGGUAUGCACAUUUCCUUAAAACAAAUGAAGCAAACCAUGAGAAUAGUUGUUGCCUUUGUUUUCAUUGCUGUAGCGACCAUCAACAUUAGCUUCUGCAAAGGAAGCUCUUCUGUUGGUUGCCACCAAAGCGAGAGACUAGCACUUUCAAGGUUCAAGCAAGAUCUCACGGAUCCUGUGAAUCGGCUUGUCUCUUGGACUUCUGAUCAUGAAGAUUGCUGUACAUGGUCUGGUGUUGUCUGUGACAACUUGACGGGCCAUGUGCUUAAGCUCAACCUUAGAACUCCCCCAAAGAAAGAGUAUUCCACUCCAGCUGAAGUUGAAGCUCGUGAUCGGUCAAAAUUGUCCGGUAAGAUAAAUCCGUCUUUGGUUGAUUUGAAGAAUUUGCGUUCAUUGGACUUAAGCGACAACAAUUUUGAAGGAGUAGAGAUUCCCAGAUUUCUUGGAUCAAUGCAGAAUUUAAGAAUUCCAGAGAACAUUGGUGCUAUGAGUUCUCUAGAGUCCAUUGAUUUUUCUAGAAAUCAACUUUCCGGUGAAAUCCCACAAAGCAUUUCAAAGCUGACAUUUUUAAGUGUCUUGAACUUAUCCAACAACAAACUUUCUGGAAGAAUUCCUUCAAGCACUCAACUACAAACCUUUAGUGCAUCUUCUUUUACUGGCAAUGAACUUUGUGGUCCUCCUCUUUCUAAUAAUUGCACAGUGAGCGUUCCAACAUCCGUCGAUCAGAACAGAGGAGAAAAAGAAGGUAAUGAAGAUGGAGUAGACUGGUUUUAUGUCAGUAUGGCUCUUGGAUUUGUGGUGGGAUUCUGGAGUUUUGUAGGACCUCUAUUCUUCAACAGGAGAUGGAGGCGCAUGUAUUUCCAAUUCCUGAAUCGCCUCCAGGACAAACUGGGCAGUGUUGUAAGAAAAUGUUAUUAGACUUUUUGUGUUUCUCAUUUGAUCUUUGAAUGUUUGGAGCUAAUGUAUUUCGUAUUUUCUACAGAAUGAUGUUAUUAGUGGUUAUGAUAUUUGAGAUCAAUAAAUCAUGUUAGU